GUUUUAGACAGUUUCCGCGAAUGUCUGACCAGCUCGACGCACAAACUCUUUGCAUGCUCUUUUGUCUGAUUUCCAAUCAACGUGUAGCUUCAGCUCACGAAUUAAUGGUCGUUCUGUUUUGCUUAAGACAUGUAGCACACCUGUCAUGUAGCCUACCUUUACACUUUCGUGAGAUGGUCAACCUAAAUAACGAACCGUCUAGUUCUUAAAUAAUAUCGCUGUACGGAUAUUAAUGUCAACUAUGUCUCCUCCAAAGAUUCAAUUUGCAAAUAACUAGCACUUCAAAGGCUCAGAAGAUUCGACCAUGACGUCAGUAAUUCCAAAAAGCCAACAGCAACUCAAAAAGUUAACGUAGCUUGUUUUGUAGUGCUAAAAACUACUAGUUCUACAAGAGGGAUGCUAACACAACAGCACACUACAGCCAGGCUCUAGGUUUUGGAUUGAGACAAUUUUGCAACAUUCCGUUCUCAUUAUGGACACCAACAUGGUCUCUCCAAGGAGGCUCUCCAGUAGGUCUAGUGUGAAUGAUGCUGGCACAAAGCUGUUGACAGGGCAGUGUUUGCCAAGGUCUGAAUGGGAGGCCAAAAAUGCUCAACUCAGGAGGAGAGUGAGCUCCGUGGAAGAGGAGAAAGCUUGCUUGCAGACGGAGAACAGACAGCUCAUCAGUGAACUUGAGUCCUUGCAGCUGGAACUGGCCAACUACAAAACCAAAGUGCGAGUCCUUGGCUCAUCCGUGGAAUCCAAAUCAUCUAGUGCAUCCCUGAUGAAGGAGCAAAUAGAUGCCAUGGAACAUGAGCUAGAAACUCAAAGAUUUGCCCUCAGGGAUUCUGAGAAGAAACAAGACGAAGUUCUAGAGAUUUUGGAAAUAAGGUGUAGGCAAGUGAUGGAGUUGACCGAAGAUGUCAGAGUCCUAAGGACAAAGCUUGAAGAUCAAAUCACCCGUGGUCAAAGGGUGGAACACCAGAGGAAUGAAGCUCUUACCAGUGCAGAGAAGCAGACACAAGCUCUCCUAUCUUACAAGACAGACAUGACCCAGAAGCUAAAGAAACUGUCAGAGAAUGAGAACCUGCUGAAACACAGUCUCAUCCAGUGUGACAGGGAGAAAGCGGAGGUGGAGGAGAAGUGCUCUAAGCUGGAGCAGGAACGAGGAGAAAUGACCAAGCUCAUCAGCCAACUGAAGAAGGACAGCGGGAGAACGGAGGUCCUGAGGUCCGAGUCGGAGUCCCUGCGCUCCCAGCUGGAGGAGGCCGCGAAGCGCAGCGCCGACCGGGAGCAGUGCUUGAAGAGGAAGGAGGCAGAGAUGCAGGAGGCCACGGAGGCCCUGAGGAGGGAGAAUGGGGAGCUGCGCCUCCUCACCACCUCCUUGGAGCAGCAGCUGGAGCAGAGGCUGAGGCAGGUCCAGCACGGCCGUGCCCAACUGGCCAGCCUGGAGGCCAUCCUAAGCCUCCUGCAUCUCCAAGAGAGUGAAGGAGCAUCUCUGUGCGUCAACCCAUGCCUGCUGCCCCCUGUGCCGGCAGAUGAUGUGCCCAAGCUCCAGCCAGGGGAGCGGUACGAGAAGCUGCUCCCAGUGCUGCGGGUGCUGGAGCAGGAGCGGGUGCGUCAGGCCAAGCAGGCCCAGGGGCUGCAGGAGCAGCUGGGGAAGGCCCAGGAGGAGGCCGGUGCCCUGCAGGCCUCCAUGGCCCGCCGGGAACAGCUCCUCCAGCAGCUCCAGAGCCAGCUGCAGCAGAGGCUCUCCCAGGUCGCCCAGCUGGAGGAGGAGAUUAAAAAGAAGACUGCCCGCCUGGCUGCUGCUGACAAACAGCUGGAUGAGAAGACCAAAGCCAUCUCUCUUGCUACAGAGAAGACUUCUGAGCUGGAGCAGUCUCUAGCGGAGAAGACCAAGGAUGUCCAGUUGUUGCGCAAAGUUGUGGACACGGGGAAGAGGGAAUACCACACAGCCCUGGAGGAUGCUCAUAAGCAGCACACCGAGCAGUGCAGGGCUCUGGAGGACCGCGUUAGGACGCUGCAGGACGCCUGCUCAUCCGCCCAGGAGGAGAAGGAGAAAGCUCAGUACCAGCUCACAUGCCUGCAGCAAACCCUCAGCCUGGAAGCAGAGGCCAACAACCAGCGUGAGCAAGAAGCCCUGCGGAGCCUGGGAGAUCAGGCCGCCCAGUACUCCAGCAGGGUGAAAGGUCUUGAGACGGCCCUGUCGGCUUGUCAGGAGGAGCUCAGCAGAUGUCUUCUGCAGAUGGAAACUGCCCAGAGCCACUUUCAGCAGCAGCUGGAUGCCAAGAACAGAGAGGUGGAGUCUCUGAGGGGCAAGUUGGUGCACCACAGCAAGGCGCUGAAGAGCUCCAGCCAGGAGAGCCUGCAGCUGCAGCACACCAACCAGCAGAUGGAGGCCCGGCUGAAAGACCUGCUGCUGGUGGAGGGCGACCACGUAUCCCUCCUCCAUCAGGUGGAGGAGCUGAAGGACCAGCUGCAGAGGGAGAGGGCUUCUGCCGAGCUGACGAGGACAGAAGAGGCCCAAGAGGCCGCCAGGCAAGCAGACACCUACCAGAGAGAGACCGUGCAGCUAACAGACACCAUCAGGCAGCUAUCGGUGGACGUGGACAAGUGUCGCGGCGAGCUGAGCGAGCGGGACAAGGAGUUGCUACUGAUGCGGAGGGCCAGCGGCGCCCAGGCAACCCAGCUGGAGAAGAUGGAGAAGAUGCUGAGCGAGACGCGGGGCAUGCUGGACAAGAAGACAGAGACGGGUACGGAGGGCAAGGCUAGCGAGGGGGACACCAUGGUGCAGGACCUGGAGGAGAAGGUGCAGCGCAGCAAGCGCGACCGCCGCAACUCGCUGCACCGCACGCAGCUGCUGGAGAGCCAGAUGAAGACGGUGCGCGGCGAGCUGGUGGACACGCUGGACCACCUGCAGGAGCUGCGCAACGUGCUGCGACGCUCGCAGCAGCAAGCCGAGGAGCGCAAGGCCGCCAUGGAGAAGCUGGCCACCGGCCUCAGGGAAACUCAGGAGGAGUUGGAGGAGAGGAAUGGACAGAUAAAGGAGAAGGAUGAGACUCUGGCAGAGAAAGAGCUGGAGCUCCAGCAGAAAGCCCAAGAGCUGAGCCAGUUAGAGUCGACAGUGGAGGAGCAUCGAGCGGAGCUGCAGCGGACACUGGAGACGCUACAAGAGGAGGCCCAGAGAGCAGAGAGAGAGCUCAGCGAACGCAACAAACAGGUGGCGUUCCUGAGCGAGCGGCUUGAGCUGGUCCGGUCCCAGCUGCAGGGGAAGGAGACACUGGAGGAGGAGGCUGCGUGCCAGGCCCAUCAGUUGCGUGAGUGCAGGGAGCAGCUCCAAAGGAUGGCCCAACGCCAGCAGGAGCUGCGGAGCCACUGUGACGACCUGGACAUGCAGCUGAAAGACAGCACCUCCCUGGCCAGAGACAAGGAGAGCCAGGUGCGUGUGCUGGAGGAGGAGUUGUCCAUCUCGUCGGAGCAGGCAGCCCAGGUGGAGAGGAGGCUGAAGGAGGCCGUCAGCAGACUCGCCCUGGAGCUGGAGGUGCUGAAGACACAGCACCAGACAGAGCUGGCGGCGCUGCAGGAGAGCCAGGCGGAGAUGAUGAGGGCGUCGGAGUGUGUGACCAGCACGGUGCGCAGCUCGCAGGAGCACCUGAGCGUGGAGCUGCAGCAGACGCGCACCCUGCUGGACGAGGCCCAGCGCAACGCCACCGCCCUGCUGGCCGAGCUGCACGCCCGCGAGCACGUCCUGCAUAACACCAGCGAGGCCCUGCUGCUCAAGGAGUCUGAGGUGACUCGUCUGAAGACCAGGUUGUCCAGCCUGGAGCGUGGUAUUGACAUGAGGAACUUAUCUCAGAGCGUGGGAAUCCCUCUUCCACCCCUGACCACCCACGGAAUUGGCAGCCCCUCGCCCCCACCCCAUCACCUCCACCACCUGACGGGGGAGAACACGACACUCUCCCUGGCCUCCGAGGACUGGGCAGCGGACGGGAGCACUGGGAGUCCUGAGCGAGUGGGCCAAUACACAGCGUUGCACCAGUCUGCUCCCCACAGUCCCAGGGGAGCAGUCCAUUGGACUGAACCUCUUUAGUAAGCCAGGCGCCUCCUGAUGCGCCUGUCAAUUCAUUUUUGUGUGUGACAUGCCUGUAAGGGCGGAACACGCAGGCCUCCUUCUAAGGACAAAUGAAACCUAUACAUCUACAAUGGCCAAAAACACAACAGGCACAUGGUUGGUCUAUACUAGCUUUUUCUCUGUUGUAAAAAUAUGCGCAGGGCAAACAUGCAAUUUCUCAAAACAUGAAGGAUUACAGGUAAAUUGCCUUGUUCUAACUCGUCACACUGGAAGGGAAUAUGUGAUGAAAUGUGUGGAAUGUGUGCCGGUCAUUGAGAUUGCGUUAUGGACAUUGGUGAUAGCACUUCACGUGACUAUUCGUUUUAAAGUUUGUGUGUGUGUGUGCACAUGUAUUUAUUUAUUUCACAAUGCCUAUUCACGCCAGGAUAACCCUGCCUUGACCCUGCCAGGGCUUUCAGGAUUCAACUGUUGAACUUUUUUUUAGAAAUGGUCCUCUGUGCAAGAAUUGUUGGAGCAUUUUGUUGCUAAAGGUGGGAAACUUUUUUAACGUAAUAAAGCUAAUAUGCUAAAUACA